AUGGCAGCGGUUGCCCUCCGUAAGGGAGUGGUGCGGUUUUCACUUCUGCUUUUUCUCGCCCUGGCCUCCGUGGGAGCAGAGGCUUCGAGCUCGACUCCUAAACAGCCCAGACUCUGCGGAUUUUUUUUGAAAACGCUGAUUCUCCAGCUCAAACCCAAUGACGAGGUCACAUUCCAGUGUGGCAGAGAGAAUCCCGGCCACCUGAAGCCCGACGCAGGGACCGCCAACGCCUUCACGGACUACAAAUGCGAAGGCUCUAUCUCGCCGCUGAGUACGCUGUGCCCGGGAGCCGUCCUCGAACCGGUUAAGGCUGCACAGGGCGUCUCGAAAACGAAUACAUACAAGCUGAAGAUUCCCCAGCAAGGGUGCAAGACGAAGAAGUGGUUCCACCAAUGCGUUCUUCCACCGUCUGGACUGCGAGUAUCAGCGCAACCUACGGACACCAAAAAGUGCAUCGUCACUGUGACAGUCUCGGGCACCACCGACGCGUCCGACCCCGAUGGCUACGGGGAGACUGGCUCGGCAGGCCCGGACGACCCUUCUUCGGACGGGACGCCGCCCACAGUUUGCGCGAAAGGUACACUGGAAGCGACGGUUUCUAUGGAUUCCCCUUUGUCCUUCAAAUGCGGCGCGGGCAUGGCCCUUGAACCCUCCGACACGACGAAAGCCCUGAACAAAGACUGUAAAAAGGAGCUCGUUCUACAAGACGUUCUCUCCAGUGCAUUGCUCGAGGCAAGGCCUCCGAGCCAAGAAGCCAACGCAGACACUAAAUAUACUCUCUCCUUGAAUUCAGCUCCUGCAAAGAAUGCUCAAAUUUGCUACAAAUGCGCGUCUCGUGCACCACCGUCAGCGUCCGGUGACCACUCUAAUGUGAAAGCAGAAAGAUCCGCACCGGCGAAGGAAUGUCUAUUGAAGGUGCGCGCGACGAGCGGGACGCCCUCCAAUCAAGUGUGGUGGUCUGUAACAUCGUUCGCCGUUUUCCCUGCAGUCCUCGGAAUUGCCCACUCGAUGCUCUAA